AUGGAUGACAGCGGUGAUCAUGUGUACCAAGACCUGAAUGCGCCAUCACGGCUGGUCGAACAGGGAUGCGAUCAGGUAGACGACCAGGCAGACUUCAUCCUUGAUCAUUCUUACGAAGACUUUCCUGCAACGAAAGAAAGAGAAGAACACCGGGUCAUUUACUCAAACGAAUGUGAUGUCUUGCUGGGGUCAUCAUUCAUGUACUUUUCCAGCGGACUGAGUUUCUGUCGAAUGAGAAGUAUAUCUUGCACCAUGGAUGGAUUCUGCCUUCUCUAUCUGCUCAUGAUUCUCCUGAUGAGAUCUGGUGAUGUUGAAACCAACCCUGGACCAGACAGGAUUGUCAGUGAGGAGGAAUUUAUAAAGCUGUCCAAGCUUAUUGAACCUAGCUACUACAAAGAGGUGGGAAUUAACCUGAACAUCCCCAAUGCAGAGCUUGGGCAAAUCACUGUGCAACAUAUGCUAAAUACCAGUGAUGCAUUGAUGACAGUGUUCACGAGAUGGAGAGACAAACAGCCUCCAGGCACAGACAUCAGGGCUCUUCUUGCAGAGGGAUUACAAAAAAGUGACUUAGGAUCCCUCUCUGGCGAACUUCUCACUGGCAGUCUAGUCCCGAAUAGGACAGGUGCUCCUGUUCCAAUGCUAGGAUCACAGACUCCACCACUUUCUCCUGACCAGAUCAAGAGAUGUGCAGAUGAAUUCAAAUUCAAGUACCGGACAAGUCUCUGUAAGAUCAGAUCUGAUGCCCUCAACCCCGAUUCCAUUGUGCCAUUCAAGGACAUGUACACAAACCUUCUCCUAAAAGAGGAAUAUAGAGAACGCAAGCGACCUCUUGAGUACAGGGAUCUCUUUGAUCUCAAAGUCAAUGGAGAGUUCCCCAAGCGGAUCAUGAUUCAGGGAGAGGCUGGGGCUGGAAAGACAACAUUCUGUUCUAAGAUUGCCUGGGACUGGAUAAAUGACAGUCCUGUUCUUCCAAAGUUUGUGUGGGUACUUGUUGUCCCUCUUUGUGAAGCCAAGCAAUACACGAUUGGUGAGAUUGCCAAGUCAUAUCUCUCCAAGGACAACCCAGCAACAGCCAGCCAGAUCACUGAGUACAUCCGGUCAAAUCCAACUCAUGUUUUCAUUGCGUUUGAUGGAUUAGAUGAGUUUGAUGGAAAGGUUGUACAGGAAGGGGAAGCUCGUUCAAAGUCAGAAUGUCACCAGCCAAAGUCUGCUGAUCAAACCAAGGCAAGAUCAGAGAGAGGUGACAUUGCACUUAUAGACAUUCUUCGUUCAGAUGAACUUGGCACUUGCCCGGUAUUGGUGACAAGUCGCCCAAGGAAGGUCACAGAGUUUAGAUGGGAUUAUAGUCUAAGGAAACUCUACACUUUCAUGUAUGUGGAAGGUUUUAGCAAGGAGAAUGUGGAGGUUUACAUUCACAAGUACUUUGAAGACAAUGUGGCCACAGCAGAUCAGCUUAUCCAAUUAACCAAAGAAAGUGACAUCAUAUCUGAGUAUAUGGCCCCACAUCCUAUCUACAUAGCUAUGCUCUGUCUUAUGUGGAGAGAACUUGGUGACGAAAAACAAGAAAAGUUAAAGUCAUUUCGAACUUUUUCUCAAAUAUUUGAUGAAAGAUUUAAAUUCCUGAGGGUGCAUUAUGCUCAGAAAAAAAUCAAAGAUUUAGGCAGCCCAUCAUUCAAAGAAUAUCUCGCUCAAAUUGAGAAGCUGUUGAAACCAGUUGCAAACGUUGCUUUCAUUGGGCUACAAGAAAACACUGAUGUUUUUAAAGAAGAUGAUUUUGAACAGUGUUCAGAAUCCAUGGAAACAGCUUGCAGAGUAGGGGUGUUAGAGAAAAGAAAGUCAUUUAUAAAUGAUAAGAGCAGUAUUGAUCUGCAGUCUCAAAUCUUCUUUCCUCACAAACUCUUUCAGGAGUACAUGGCUGGAGUCCAUCUUGCUUCCUUGUAUGAAUCAGAUCACAAUGAAUUCAACAGGCUAAUUGAGCAAGUAGUGCUACCUAGGAAGGAAGAGUUUAGAUAUCUCCUGUACUUCAUUGUAUCAUGGGACAAAACCAUUGCAAACCAUGUCAUGAAAUGCAUGGUACAGGGUAACACCACAACCCAAGAGGAGAUGGAUUUUUUGGUUGAUGUAUCCUUCGAGAGUCAGGACCUAGAUACCGUAGCAUUAUUGAGGGGUCGAGUGUCAUCUCUGAAAAUAAACUUCAGGACAGCACAUACCAUAGCAGCUUAUGUAUUCACCGGACUAUAUGUAGAUGUGAUCGAUCUUCAAGUGCAUGAUUACAUGCUUGGACCAACUAUAUCACAUGAUCUAGCGAAGAUCAUAUGCUCUGCUCCCUCUCUAGAGAAAGUUUCACUCUCCAGAACAGACUUGGACAGUGACUUCUAUGUAGUUCUUGCUAAAGAAGGAAACACAUCCAAGGUCAAAACUCUCGAGCUUGCACCAGCUAAGUGUCUAACAUCGGCGUCCUCACAUCACCUAGUAAAUGCUCUGUGUUCCAUGCCAGACCUGACUGAACUGACAUUAUAUGGAAAAGCUUUCCAGGAGGAGUUCUAUUCUACACUGAAUGCAAAGGCGUCAAGCUUAAAGGUAUGUGUGUUUGUACUCUACAUCCAUGCCAUGAUGAAUAUAUGGACACAUGUUUUGGAGAUGAGUUAA